GGAAGUGUGCCGCACGCGAGAGAGAACUGGGGCCGAGACCUGCGGUGCCGGCUCAAAGCCCGACCUCUGCCAUACGCACCGUAUCUUUAUGGGAGCCGAUGAGGUCAGCAGGGAGCACGCAUUCAGAUGGCAGAAGAGGGCAAAGUACUGCUAGUAUUACAAAGAUAUUUACAGCCUUUUAACCUGAAAGCACAGAGCAGAUCCUAUUCUUCAGAAUUAAAUCUUUGGCUCACCAGUCCCGUUUGUGGAGCUCCACUCUGAUGAAUGUGUCAUUUGUUCCCAAGAAGACAAAUUGGGUAGGGAGAAGAGGGAGAGGCGGGGAGAAGACGAGAUAACGGGACGAUCUGCUUUUCCGGAAGCAGAAGCUGCCUGGGAACCACCUGCACACAGCGCAGGCUGCGAGGAGGGGGAGCGCUCCAGUGCAAAGCUCUGUAUUUUAAAGCCCCUCCUCGCUCACAGGCUUCACAGCAAACUACGAAGAGCUUGUCCCCGCCUAGCAACGAGUCGGCUAAGAACUGGAUCCUAGCGAGGAGCACGGCACAGACAGCGAAUGACCGCAGCCAGACAGUCGCUCUUGCUCUUCCUCGGCCUUGCGGCAGGAUCCGCCGGUGCAGGGGCCUCUCCCCGGACUCCACGCGUAUCUGGAGUGCCCUCGGGUUAGGGAAGGGGGUUUUGGAGACGCCCCGGGCGGCUGGGCGGUGGCGGGACGCGGGCCCUUUAAGAAGGAGCGCGGGGCGCGGCCAGGUAGGGGCGGGUCCCGGGCGGAUCAGCGGUGCGCCGGCGCCGGCCCGGGAGCCGGAUUUGGAGCGCCGCGGCGCCGGUGGGGGCGGAGGGGGCGGCGCGGCGGAGGCUCCCGUGGCCUCGGACGCUCCUGCUAGCUAGCGGCCGCCACCCGCCGCCGCCUGCGCCUCCAGCUUCUUCGCCCCGGCGGGCCCGGCCGCCGCUUCCGGCAGCUCACCUGGGACGCGCUGCCUGCCUCCGGGCGCCUGGGCUUCAGGAUGAAGGACCGGCUAGAGCAGCUGAAGGCCAAGCAGCUGACACAGGAUGAUGAUACUGAUGAGGUUGAGAUUGCUAUCGACAACACGGCUUUUAUGGAUGAGUUCUUUUCUGAGAUUGAGGAAACUCGGCUUAACAUUGACAAGAUCUCAGAACAUGUAGAGGAGGCUAAGAAACUCUACAGUAUCAUUCUCUCUGCACCGAUUCCAGAGCCAAAAACCAAGGAUGACCUAGAGCAGCUCACGACUGAGAUUAAGAAAAGGGCCAACAACGUCCGGAACAAACUGAAGAGCAUGGAGAAGCAUAUUGAAGAAGAUGAGGUCAGGUCAUCAGCAGACCUUCGGAUUCGGAAAUCCCAGCACUCUGUUCUUUCUCGGAAGUUUGUGGAGGUGAUGACCAAAUACAAUGAAGCUCAGGUGGACUUCCGAGAACGCAGCAAAGGGCGAAUCCAGCGGCAGCUCGAAAUUACCGGCAAAAAGACAACCGAUGAGGAGCUGGAGGAGAUGUUGGAGAGUGGCAACCCAGCCAUCUUCACUUCUGGGAUCAUUGACUCACAGAUUUCCAAGCAAGCCCUCAGUGAGAUUGAGGGACGGCACAAGGACAUUGUGAGGCUGGAGAGCAGCAUCAAGGAGCUUCACGACAUGUUUAUGGACAUCGCCAUGCUGGUGGAGAAUCAGGGUGAGAUGUUAGAUAACAUAGAGUUGAAUGUCAUGCACACAGUGGACCAUGUGGAGAAGGCACGAGAUGAAACGAAAAAAGCUGUGAAAUACCAGAGUCAGGCCCGGAAGAAAUUGAUAAUUAUCAUUGUGCUAGUAGUUGUGUUGCUGGGCAUUUUAGCAUUGAUUAUUGGACUUUCCGUUGGGCUGAAAUAAGAGUGGCCUAAGAGGCUGCUGCACUGAAAUGUAAGUAAACGAGUGGUUCUUGGGGACUCUGGAUUUGGCCCCUCAAGAGGAAAUUAGCUUGAGAUUUCAUAUUCCUCUUCUUUCCCCCUAUGAUUGUCCUUGGACACACUGAGCUUUCUAAAACUUUCAGUAGCCUGUGGAUUAUCUCCUUACAGUUCUAUUGGUUUCUGGCUGCAGUACGUGGAUGAGCUCUCCAUUUGCUCUUAUCUUGUAGAUUCUGUCCCCAAUCUCUGUCUUGUCGUAUUUCUUACCACUUCUCCCAGCAUACCUGAGCACCCCAGGUGACUCCCCUUAGGAGGCAUGCUCCUAAGUUUGGUACACCUCUGUCUUGGAUCUGGAGUCUGUCUUCUGAAUUCUUACUGAUUUUCAUGGAUGUUGGGCUUUACUUUCUCUAUCCUUUUCAAUGUAAAUGAAACUCUGAAUUGGGAUUUGGAUUUGCAGAGUUUGUUGCUGACUGGUUGGGUCUUAAAUGAUGAUAGUUAACACACUUUUGAUUGUUGUGUUGUACCAGACAAUGUACUAAACACCUUAUACACAUAUCAUUGAAUCCUUACAAUGUCCUUUGAGAUACAAUAUUAUGCACAUUUUACAGACAAAGAAACUCAGUCAAAGAGAAUGUUGAAUAACAGGGCCAAGUUCACCCAGCUAACAGUGGACCUAGCUUCUCUUUGUAAAAGAAGGUAGCCACUUACCAUUAACUAUAAAGCCUGGAGAACCUUAGAGGAUAGUGAUGCUAAAAUUUAGACUAUUAAUUUUCUUGAAAAUUUGUUAAAAAUGAUAGACUUACCACUGAAUCAUUGUUUGUUUUUGUUUGUUUUUUUGUUUUUUUGUUUUUGAGACGGAGUCUUGCUCUAUCUCCCAGGCUGGAGUGCAGUGGCAUGAUCUCGGCUCACUGCAACCUCUGCCUCCUGGAUUCAAGCAAUUCUCCUGCCUCAGGCUCCUGAGUAGCUGGGAUUACAGGCACAUGCCACGGUGCCCUGCUAAUUUUUGUAUUAUUAGUAGUGAUGGGGUUUUGCCAUGUUGGCCAGAAUGGCCUCAGAACUCCUGACCUCAGGUGAUUUGCCCGCCAAAGCUGGGAUUACAGGCGUGAGCCACUGCGCCCGGCCUGAAUCACAUUUUGGUUGUUGUUGUUUUUUGUUUGUUUUUUGAGACGAAGUCUGGUUCUUGUCCCCCAGGCUGGAGUGCAGUGGCGUGAUCUCAGCUCACUGCACCCUCCGCCUCCUGGGUUCAAGCGAUUCUCCUGCCUCAGCCUCCCGAGUAGCUGGGAUUACAGGCACCUGCCACCACGCCCAGCUAAUUUUUGUAUUUUUAGUAGAGACGAGGUUUCACCAUGUUGGCCAUGCUGGUCUCAAACUCCUGACCUCAGGUGAUCCACCCGCCUCGGCCUCCCAAAGUGCUGGGAUUACAGGCGUGAGCCACCGCACCUGGCCUGAAUCACAUUUAAUAGUAGUGAGCAUAUCAAUCUGGUUAUUGGGACUAUUAAGACUUUUGUGACUUUAAAACAAAAUUUUUGUUGUUGUUGAGAUGGUGUGUUGCUCUGUCGCUCAGGCUGGAGCACAGUGGCGCAAUCUUAGCUCACUGCAACCUUCUGCCUCAGCCUUCUGAGUAGCUGGGACUAUAGGUGUACACCAACAUGCCAGGAUAACUUUUAUAUUUUUUGUAGAGACGGGGUUUUGCCAUGUCACCCAGGCUGGUCUUGAACUCGUGGACUCAAGCGAUCCACCUGCCUUGGCCUCCCAAAGUGCUAGGAUUACAGGCAUGAGCCACUGCGCUCAGCCAGUGACUUUUAAAAUAUUUUUCUGAAUAAAAUAUAGCAUGCAUUGUUAAAAAAAACUAUAAAAUACAGAAAACAUAAAACUAAUGAACUUUUAAUAUUAUUGCUGAUAACCUUGUGGCAUGUUCACAUACUCAGACAUAGUUUUACAUAGUUCAGACUAUAUUAUCCAUAGUUUUGUACCUAGUUAGCAUUAUUCCACAGCAUUAAAAUCUCUUUGUAAAUCUAAUUUUCAAUGUGAGAUUGUGGCCAUACUCUCAAAUAUUUAACAUUUUCACAAUGUUGGAGGUUUAUGUUAUUUUUCUAUAGCUAACAGUGUGACUAACCUUAUUUAAUAUUUUUCUCAUUUAAAUUUUCUCUUUAUUACCAACUCAUAUAAGUUGGAUUACUGAAAUAACGGGUAUAAACAUUUUUAAGACUUGGCAUAUAAUACCAUGGCAGUACCCAGAGCUGUGCCUUCCUUUUGUAUUUGUUUCGAUGUGUCCCUUCUUAUUCCUCCUCCUUCCAUGUGACCACAGGAUCUAAAAGUCAGCUUAUUAUAGCAUUGAGCAUUCAACUUCAUCUGAAAGAUAAGCAACAGUGAGAUGAACAGCCUCUCAUAGACAGGUGGUUGGUUGAUUUUUUUUUCCCCUCUUUUUUCUGUCACUUGGAGUCUAGCCCUUGACUUUUUUGUAUGUGAACUUUAAAUUUAAAUUUUGGUUUGGCUCUGAACAAUCUGAUUGAAAUAGAUGUUGAAAUUUUAAAAAGAUAUAAGAGUUGUUAUUUUUCCAUAUCCUUGGAUGAAACAUGAUGUGCAAAUUCGUGUUGCCCCUUUCUAUUCCUAAUUCCAGGACUUCAGAAGGUAUAUGAAUCAUUAAGAGGAGCAGACUAAUUAAUAUGUUGUUUUUGCUUGACUAACCCUAUCUUUAACCUGCUAAAUUGCUGAGCAGUUGUUAAGCUGCUUUUUUUGUAGGGUAUUGCAUGUUCCCUAGCAAAGUCAAGACUGAUUGUUGCCUAGGUCUGGACUCCCCUCUUCCUCCAUGUCACCCAAGGGAGAGAGGUCUCUGAACAGGAGGGUAGAUAGUGUGUUUAUAUUUCCUAGUAAUGUGCCAGCUGCUUGCUCUAAGAUCAUAGUGUCCUCAUUUUACAGACGGGGAAAGAGCAAUGAAGUCAAGGAACUUGCCCAAGACUACAUAGCUCAUAAGGUGGAGCAGCCAUAAUAUGACCCCUGAACUUUUUCCAUAUGCUUUUCAUUGUGUCCUUCUGUUUUCUAAAAGAAAGGCAGCAGGGAGUUCAUGAAGAUCGAGAACCAGAAAGCAGCUCCUGCAGCCUGUCUUCAGGAGCGGCGCUGCUGUGGGACCUGCAGAGCAGGUGUUUUCACUAGGGACUGUCCCUUCCCAUCACAUCCUUCCAUGGGUGUGGACAGCCUGUGAGAAGGCUUAUAAAAGGCCUAGAGGCUUUUCUGUUUUUUUUCCCCUCUCACAGUAGGGCUUUUUGUUCUUUGUACAGUGGGAUAUUUAACUCCAGGUUCCGUCCUGGGUUUGUCUAUUUCAUAGUGAUUUCUGGUGUUUCCUCCCCACCUUCCAGGUUUGUGGCUGGCUCCUUCUGUUGCCCUUUGCCUUCUUCCUGUGUACUGAUCAGCUCCUCCUUUCCCUGCCUCCUAGAAACUGAUUUCACUCCAGACUGGUGUAGCCACCCUUGUCUUCAGAUGAGAAUGGAGUCUGAAUGGCCUUCCUGAGAGCGAGUGCGACCCGUUCCUUUGUUUCCUUGCGACCACCCUUGGACCUGACUCAGCUAACAAUCUGGCCCUGGGGGAAUGUGAUCUACCUGAUGCGACCCUGAGUUCUCCUCAGAGCCUCCUCCUGCCCCAGCAGCUCUCAAGUACCUUUUCUCCUGGACUGUGUGAACCCACCCAGCUUUCUUCCUCCCUGUUGUGUGUCAGAUUAUGCCUUGCACCUGGGAAAGCUCUUGUGAGACCCUCCCAAGGUGCUGUAUUUUUCUACCUCAUGGAGUAUUCUCCCAGAAACUGCCAUGUAUUUUUUUAGGGGAGUAUCUUUAACAAAGCAGAAGGAUUCUUCUAAGUUUGGCAACAAGAAGGCUUGGAUCUGAGUCUUCUACCUGGCAGGAUGCCAAUCCUGUUUGUUGUCCGUAUGUCCUGAAAACAUGAGGGACUGGCAGAUGUCAUUUUGGUCUGAAGAGCUGACUUGUUUGAAAUUCAGCCUUAAAUUAAGCUCUUAGUUGUUCAGCUUGGGGGGCAACUUUGAUUUUUCUCUGUGUUGUAGUCUCUCGUAUUUACUCAAGGAGGGACCAGGAUGAUACAGUCAUCUGAGGUUAUGCUUUGCAAAAGGCUGAGGGUAUGGAAUAUGUUUCCAUGUCUGAGUCUUAGAAACUGGCUGUUCAUUGUUAGAAAGUGAUGCUUUGUGAGACUAUUGCCUUGGGGCCAAAAAUAAUCAGGGAUUUUAAAUUGGACAAGGGACAAGGUGCUAGAAUCCUAAACUCUGGAAAUAUUUCAUGACACUGGUGUAUUCACUCAUGUGUUCCAGAUAUAUUCUAAUUGUGUAUGAGAUGUAUGUACAUAUAAGUGUGUGUCUCAGGAAGUAGGAAAUAAAAAUGGAAGCUAUUAUGACCUCAAAAAAAAAAAAAAAAGCCAACUUUGAGCUAGGAUAAAAAUUGGGUAAAGGACAUUUGCUUACCUGCAAAUGAAUCACUGUGGAAAUGUGAUCUUCCCAUAUCAUCAAGAAACUUGUUUUCUGGAUGAAUACUGGGAGAAUAAAAUGAGAACUCUGGAGUGAGCUAAAUUGAUCCCAAUUAAGUUUUUCUGCUUAGCAGACAGAAAGUAUAAUUUUUUGACACCCUUCCCCACCUGCUGCCUAUGCUAGGCUUGUCCUGAGAACAUCCCUCAGUAACUUGAUAUUCACAUGGCCUACAGGAUGUCCCAUCUGCAGGGCUGAGUCAGUUGGGGAACACCAGAGGCUACACAGUAGCUCUUCCUGCUACUGGGUUAAUGAGCUUGGCAGAUUCUUUGUCUCACUCAAUUCUUACCAUGGAAGCAGCAGCAGCAGCUGCCAGGAAAUCUUCAAGUGUAGUGUCUGUGCUAACCCAGUGGUAAAUCCCUUAGAUCCCCUGCUGGUCUCUGGCAGUCUCCUUAAUUUUGGGUACCACGUAUAUUUUCAGCUUUGACUUUAACACUUUCUAGGAUAGGGUGAGCACCCUUAAUCCAGGCACUGUCCAUUAGCUUCCUUUGCAAAGGCUACUUACGGCUGGUCACAAUCCAGCACUCAGACAGAGCCAAGGCGAUAUGCUCUUGCCCAUGGCUAUGAUGUCAGACAGUGGAUGGGCUCCAGCAACAAGAGACAAAAUCACUAAAGGCCUUUGCUCUCCUCUGACAUUGAGGCCUGGGGCUUACAGUUUGGAAUACAACAUGUGAAGGUUUUUGUUGUUUGUAUUUUUUAAAUGUAAACUUGAUUAUUUUAUUGCUAAUUUAAAAAUAAAAAUGACUUUGUAUUGAUUGUGAAA